GUUGACUUUUUUCUCUUGUCAAUAGUUAAAAGCAAAUUAGAGGGGGAUAUUGGAUUGACAAAGAUAAAACUCCACUGAAAUAUUAUGAGUAGUACAUUUAUUAUUCUAGGUACAUCUAUUCUAGCUGUGCUGUUGGCAGGAUAUUUUGCCCAAAGAUAUCUACCUCCUCCAAAGCCUAAAAUAGUUGGCAUUGAUCUAGGAACAACAUUUUCCUGUGUGGGUGUUUAUCAUGCAGUGAGUGGAGCAGUAGACAUUCUAGAAGCCCAAGAUGGUCACCAGUGUAUCCCCAGUGUGGUAGCUUUCAGUGAGGAUGGGAUUGUGGUGGGGUAUAAAGCUGUAGCGCAGGCAGAACACAAUCCUAAGAAUACCAUAUAUGAUGCCAAAAGAUUUAUAGGAAAGAAAUACACCACAGAUGAGCUGGCACAGGCACAGAAGAGAUACCCAUUCAAGCUUGAAGCUGAUGAGUAUGGAAUGGUGCGGUAUGUAAUGAACGUCAAUAAAACUGAGGUGAGAUACACCCCUGAGCAGAUUGGGUCUGUCAUAAUAAAGUUCUUGAAAAAUGUAGCUGAGAAGAACCUAACUGCCCCAGUCACAAAGUGUGUCAUGUCUGUCCCAGCAGAAUUCGAUGAAAUGCAGAGAAAUUACACGAAGAAAGCAGGAAGUAUUGCUGGUCUGGAGGUGUGGCGAGUGAUCAAUGAACCAACAGCUGCAGCCUUAGCUUAUGGACUCCACACCAAACCACAGCUGAAGACAGUCCUGGUGGUGGAUCUAGGAGGUGGGACUCUAGAUGUGUCUCUACUCAUAGUACAAGGGGGGAUGUUUCUCACUCAGGGGAUGGCAGGAAAUAAUAGACUCGGUGGACAAGAUUUUAACCUAAGAUUGUACAAUUAUGUAAAAGAACUAAUAGAAAACAAGUUUAACCUGAAUAUAUCAGACAGGGAAGACUUACAAGCCAUUCGAUUGGCUGUUGAAGAGGUCAAAAUUAAUCUGACCCACCAACAAAGCACUCCACUAAAGCUUUACCUUCACUCUCUGGGAAAAUAUUCCCAUAUACAAGAAACCAUCACUAGGGACAAAUUUGAAGAAUUAAAUAAAGAUCUGUUUUUAAAAGUGUUGGAGCCAAUCAGGACAGUGUUGGAGGCUACUCAUCUAGAAAAAGAUGAUAUUGAUGAGAUAGUAUUAGUGGGAGGAUCCACAAGGAUUCCAAAGAUUCGUGGUUUGAUUCGAGAGUUUUUCAAUAAAGAUCUGAACACUCAUGUGGACCCUGAGUUAGCUGUAGCCAUGGGUGUGUCUAUACAAGCAGGAAUCAUAGGAGGGAUGUGGCCCCUCAAAGUUAGUGCUGUAGAACUCCCCAACAGAGUGGUCAAGAUACAGGUCCAUUGAUCAUAUUAGAUUUUAGUAGGUGCUUAUGAAGAUAUUAAUUUAUUGAUAUAUGUUAAAAUACUGCAGUGCGUGUAUUAAGAUACACAAUGUUUUCAAACAAAACAAAUGUUAAACAUAAAAUUUAAGUCAGAUUUUCUAACUUA